CAGGGUUCGCUCCUCCGCCGCCGCCAAAUGGAGGCGCUCCUCCGUUGGGCGGCCGAGUUGGGCGUCUCCGACUCCCCGGACCCGCCCGACCUCUCUACCACUUCCCCCUCCUGCCUCGGCCGCUCCCUCGUCGUCGCUGACUUCCCCGACGCGGGCGGGAGGGGCUUUGCGGCGGCCCGGCACCUCAGGCGCGGCGAGCUGGUGCUGCGCGUGCCCCACGCUGCGCUGCUCACCAGCGACCGCGUCAUGGCCGACGACCCCAAUAUUGCUUCCUGCGUUGCUGCCCAUCGUCCCCGCCUCUCUAACAUCCAGAGACUGAUUGUAUGCUUAUUGGCUGAAGUGGGAAAGGGAAAGAGUUCUAGUUGGUACCUCUAUUUGUGUCAGCUGCCUAGCUACUACACAAUCUUGGCUACCUUCAACGACUUCGAAAUUGAAGCACUCCAGGUUCAUGAUGCUAUUUGGGUUGCACAGAAGGCUCAUGCUGCCAUCAGAUCUGAGUGGGAAGAAGCAACACCGUUAAUGCAAGAAUUGGAUUUUAAACCUAAGCUUUUGAUGUUCAAAACGUGGCUCUGGGCCUUUGCAACGGUAUCUUCAAGGACAUUGCAUGUAGCAUGGGAUGAUGCUGGUUGCCUAUGUCCAAUCGGUGAUUUAUUCAAUUAUGCCGCUCCUGAUGAUGAGAUUUCAUCUGAAGAACAAGAUACAGAAGAAACUAUGAAAUGUCAGGAGAAAAGUGAGAUGUUGGAAGAUGUGAAGUUUAGUUGUUCAUCUGAGAGUUUGACGGAUGGGGGAUAUGAAGAUUCUAAAGCAUACUGUUUGUAUGCUCGAAAAAUGUAUAGGAAAGGAGAGCAGGUACUUCUGGGGUAUGGGACAUACACAAACUUGGAACUUCUUGAGUAUUAUGGUUUUCUUUUGGACGAGAAUCCUAAUGAGAAAAUUUACAUUGAGCUAGAUCCGGAGUUAUGUACUGUCGGUACAUGGCCAAAAGAUUCUAUAUAUAUUCACCCGAAUGGACAUCCCUCGUUUGCGUUGUUAUGUGCAUUAAGGCUAUGGACAACUCCUGCAAAUCGUCGAAAAGCCUUCAGUCAUCAGAUUUACUCUGGAUCAAUGCUUUCUGUUGAAAAUGAGCUGGAGAUUAUGAAAUGGUUGGGUAACAAAUGUGUGGAAGCUCUGCAGCAAUUGCCUACGACUGUUGAGUUUGAUGGAAGUUUGAUCCAUUUUUUACACAACCUACAGAACAGUACUAACUGGAGUGUAGACGUGGACCAGUCAAGUUUUGGAGAAGAAUUUGCGGUGUUUCUCCGGUUCCAUGGCGUGAACCUGGAUUAUACCCUCAAUCAACUCACAGUUCGACUCCUCCGAUCUCUGGAGAGAUGGGAAUUAGCAGUCCGGUGGAGACGUAGCUACAAGAGAGCUCUUACCAGGUGUAUUUUGUACUGUAAACGUUUAAUUCAUGAGCAUUCCUUGCUAUGAAACCAACGGUAGUUACAAGAUUCAAAUCAAGUAUGUUACUCUACUA